UUUGUGGGAUGUCCGGGGAUCUUGCCAGUAUCAACAAUGCCGAUGAGCAGGCGUUUAUACAGGACUUCAUGAUGCGCCAUAACCCGAACAAGGCAGUGUGGAUCGGACUAAAUGAUUGCCACGAAAAGGGAGCAUUUGAGUGGAAAAAUGGUGACCCUUUAACGUACACAAACUGGUUGGUCGGCCACGAGGACACCUUUGCCGGCCAUAACGUAAAUCACUGUGUGGUCCUGCUUCCCUAUAGGAAUGGAACAUGGGACGACAUAGAAUGUGAUUGUGGUUGGGACAACAAUGGGCAAUACUCGUGGUUAUGUGAAUACGCUAUGGUUUCCAAGAUACCAGGGGCCACAAUUGUCGGGUAGAAAAAGUGCAACUGUUUGCAAAUGUUUAUGUUUGAAAUUUAAAUCAAUGCAAUCAGA